UUAGUGCCUAAGGCUUGGUGAAUUGAAGGCAUUGUGAUUGUUCAUACUUGCUCUGAGCAAAAUCAUUAUUUCUUGCAACAAUGGUUCUUGGACUGAGAACAAAGAACCGAAAGCGCAUUUCUGUGCAAGUUGAUUAUCUCUUUCAUGUACAAGAGAUUAGACCUUGGCCCCCAUCACAGUCUUUAAGAUCUGUUCAAUCUGUUUUGCUUCAAUGGGAAAAUGAUGAUCAGAGUUCUGGGUCUUUGAUAUCUGGGGUUGGGGAUGGGAAAGUUGAGUUUAGUGAGUCUUUCAGGCUUCAAGUUACUUUAUGCCAGGAAGCAUCAAAGAAAGGAACUGCCCGCGAUAGUUUUCAGAAGAACUGCUUAGAAUUUUACUUGUAUGACAAUGGAAAGGACAAAAGUCAACUCUUGGGAUCAGCUCUUAUAAACCUAGCUGAUUAUGGAAUUAUAAAGGAAGCCAUUGCCGUUAGCACUCCGAUUAGCUUCAAGAAGAGUUUUAGGAACACAGCACAACCUGUUCUUUAUCUUAUUAUGGAGCCAUUCUACAAAGAUAGCUCCUCCUCGUCACCAAAGAGCAGCUUGGUCAAAGAAGUGUCAGUUUUGGGCAAGAAUGGAAGUGGAUCUUUUUCUGACUUGAUGAAUGAAGGAAAUGAUGAGGGAUGUGAGAUCGCUUCUUUUACUGAUGAUGACGAUGUUUCAUCACAUUCAUCAUUGACUGUUCCAUCUUCUACUUUUGGGACUACUAGUGGCUCAACUGCUCAAAAUUAUAAGAAUGGAUCAGAAUUUGCUAAGGACCGCCUGGGAAGGGUUAAUGGAGAGCCUGCUUUAUCCUCAAGUGUUGCAUUUGCAAAGCAAGAGGUGAAUCCAGUGGUUGAAGCCCUUAAAAAUAUAGAUGGGAGCACAGACUCUUCAUCAUCAGCAAACUUAUUCUCUGAUUCAGGAAAUGCUGUAAAUGAUCCUGCAGCAAAAGUUGCAUCCUCCAAUGUGUCUAUUCAGGCACAUGUCAACGUGGACCAAAUAAGGGUAGAGAACUCUUCAACUGAUCUAGAGGGUGGUAGAAAAUCUCGAAGACAUGAAAAAAAUAGCCUGGAGGCUGCUACAACUGAUUUAUAUGUUGAUCUAUUGAAGGAAAAAGAGAAGAGGCACCAAGAAGAUGGACGGGGCAAUCAGACCUUAGAUGUAAAGAAAAAUUCUUUAGAGGACAGACUAGUUAGUAAAUUACCACAAGAUGCUGCAAAAAAGGAUGUCAAAUUAAGGAGUAACAGUAUUGCCAACAGCAGGUUCUCACUUGAAGCACAGAGUGGGACUGUUAUUAGCAAUAAACUAAAGAAUAUUAAGUCUGUUCAGUUACGUUAUGAUUCAGCUGAGGGUUAUGGGCUGAUCAACAAUAGUCAGUACAAAGGGAAGGAAAAGGAAAUUAAUAAUGCAAAAGAUAAAUAUAAUUACCGAAAAAGUAAUGCACAGAGUACAAUGGGAGAAACAACAAAUGGAUUUUCCAACAGCAAAGUUGAACUUGAAUCUAAAAUCAAAAUGCUUGAGGAAGAAUUGAGGGAAGCUGCUGCUCUUGAGAUUGGUCUGUAUUCAGUCAUUGCUGAGCAUGGGGGUUCUAUAAAUAAGGUUCACGCUCCAGCACGACGCCUUUCUAGAUUCUAUCUUCAUGCUUGCAAAGCAAGGUCCCAAACUAAGAGGGCAAGUGCAGCUAGAGCUGCUUUUUCAGGAUUAGUUUUGGUUUCAAAAGCAUGUGGGAAUGAUGUUCCAAGGUUGACUUUUUGGUUGUCAAAUUCAGUUGUGCUUAGAGCAAUUAUCAGCAAGUCAAUCGAAAAGUUGCAACUUUCUGAUGGACUGUGCACUAAGAAUAAUGGUGAUUGCGCUCCUACCAAAGAAGAACGCAAUCCUUCAAUUGAAGGUUCUGAUGAUUGGGGGGACCCUCAAACAUUUGUAGUUGCAUUGGAGAAGUUUGAAGCUUGGAUAUUUUCCCGAAUCAUUGAGUCGGUUUGGUGGCAGACUUUCACUCCACAUAUGCAGUCUGCAGCUGCAAAGGGCUCAGGCUCAAGGAAAACCUCUGGGAAGAGGUCUGGAUUGGGAGAUCAAGAGCAAGGAAUUUUUUCUGUUGAGCUCUGGAAGAAGGCUUUCAAAGAUGCAUGUGAACGGCUUUGUCCUAUUCGAGCAGGAGGGCAUGACUGUGGCUGCUUGCCGGUGCUGGCUAAGUUGGUAAUGGAGCAGUUGGUGGGUAGAUUGGAUGUGGCAAUGUUCAAUGCUAUUCUUCGUGAAUCAGCCGAAGAGAUGCCAACAGAUCCUGUGUCUGAUCCCAUCAGUGAUCCUAAAGUUCUCCCUAUUCCAGCCGGGAAAUCAAGCUUUGGGGCGGGUGCACAACUAAAAAAUGCUAUAGGGAGCUGGUCCAGAUGGCUUACAGAUUUGUUUGGUAUUGAUGAUAAUGACCCUACUGAACAUAUGAACGAAAUUUCUGAUUGCAAGAGCAUGGAGAGUGACACAUCUUCCAAGGCUUUUUGUCUCCUCAAUGCAUUAAGUAAUCUCAUGAUGCUUCCAUUUGAAAUGCUGGCAGAUGGUUCCACAAGGAAAGAGGUAUGCCCUACAUUUGGUGUGGAAAUGAUCAAGAGGGUUCUUGACAGUUUUGUCCCAGAUGAUUUUAAUCCAACACCAAUUCCACAGGCAGUUUUUGAUGCCCUGGAUUCUGAGGACCUAUGUGAGGCUGAGGAUUCACUGACAAUCUUCCCAUGCUUAGCUGCUCCUACAAUCUAUUCACCACCUCCUGCAGCUUCACUGAUCGGCAUUAUAGGAGAGGUUGGAAGUCAAGAUUUGCAGAGGAGUGGGUCAACAGUGCUAAAAAAAUCUUACACUAGUGAUGAUGAGCUUGAUGAUUUGGGUUCACCUGUAACUUCCAUCGCUAUUGACAACUCCCGCUCUUAUUCGACUUCAGCAGCUCCCAACUGGAUGCCGAAGGAACAUGGGGGCCGAAAAGUUGUCAGAUAUCAACUCCUCCAAGAAGUGUGGAGGGAUGGCAAAUAAUAAUGUCAAUUUUGUCACUCUUUUUCUCUCUAUAGUGUUUAUAUGUUAGUAGAGUAUUUAACUUAUAUAGGCAGCCUUAUUAACAUUUUUGACUUCUUGUUCAUGUUGAGAGUUUCUCUUAUCUUAUUUCACCCUCACCGUGCUGUACAUAUUAGUUGCUGUUCUUUCCAUGCUCCUUGUGCUUCAUUUACUUGCCGUAGUGUUGAUCUUUUUCCCAUUUGGAAUGUUUCUGCUGACCCCUGAUGAAACUUGAAGUACGUUGCUGAAAGCAUUCCGGGAUUGCAGGUAGUCAGUUAUGAAAAAUCCAAUGAAAGGAUUAUUUUUUCACCGACAA